AUGAGAAACCCCGAGUCCAGGACGUCGGAGUCCAGCGUGGAGCAGCCGUGGGCCGAGCAACCCGAGAAUAAUUACUCAACGGUGGACGAUUCGAGCCAGCGGUCAACGGCAGCUGCAGCGCCGUGCAGUGCGCGCUGGAAUGCAGUCAGUUCAGUAACUCGUGUAUUAAUUACCGCCGAUGAUAUCAUCGCAAAGGCACCGGUGAUACGGUACGGUACACUCGAGGUCCACUCGGGCCUAUACUCCCUCAGCGAUCAUUUACUAGCACAAUUCCCCUCGGUCGCGUUCUUCUAUUCGUUUGGGAUUUGGGUUUUGUCCCUACAGGAGAGUGAGUCGUGA